GUGCACAUCGCAAAACUUCAUUUCCAUCGAAAAAGAGUCGAAAGUCCCCUCCUUUCUCAGUUCCCAUCUGAUCUGUAUCUGAAUUCUCAAUGGCGAAGCCGGUGUCCACCGCCACCUCAUCCAUUGUCCAAACCCUAAAGCGGUACCUGAAGAAACCGUGGGAGAUAACGGGUCCAUGCGCGGACCCGGAGUACAAGCUCGCCGUACCCGGCGCGCUCGAGUACCGGCUCGAAUGCCCGGCUUCGACCCAGGUCAAGGCCUGCGUGCCCACAUCCAACCCGGAAACCGUAUACGAUAUCAAGUACUACGCCCGGGACCAGAGGCGCAAUCGGCCCCCCAUUAGACGCACCGUUUUGAAGAAGGCUGAUGUCGAGAAGCUAAUGAAGGAGAAGAAGACCUUCGACGUCUCGGAUUUCCCUCCGGUUUACUUGACCGAUGUUAUUGAAGAAGACUGCAACGCCCGAGGCGGAGGCUACCAGAAAUGAAUUGGGCUUAUGGCGUUGUGUAAAAAUGUCUGUGCUCCAGUCUUUUGUUCCUCUCUUCUGCUCUGUCACUAAAGAGGUGCUGUUCGUGUUAGCAUGGAUGUUUGCCUAGUCUGCUCACAUAUUGAAAUUCUGUGUUUGAGAUGAAUAAAGGGUACUUGAUACAACCAUUUGGCCGCUUUUAGUUGUCCAAGAAUGUAUUUGUAUAAAAUCCAAAUGCAACCGCAGUUGGGUGAUGGAUGGCAGUACAGCUAGUUUCUUUAACUCCUAAGAUUUCUACGUGUGAUUUCUACUUGUGAAUCUUGUUUGUCUCAUUGUGAUUUGCUUUCCCCAACUGCAACCAUAUGAAGACCUAGAAAGGGUGACCUCACUGCUCA